AUGCGGAUAUUGCAUAAGGAUGGUUUUUCACAACAAGACUUGGAGAUGAUCCGACCUGUUGUAUAUUCAAAUUGUAUACAUUCUAUGCUGUCGAUUCUACGUGCUAUGUUUCACCUUCAGAUCGAAUACGCCGAUAACGAGCGCGUGCGCGACAGUCAGCUGGUGUUUGCAACAGUACAUGCAAAUAAGGAAGAGUUGACGGAAGAAUUAGCGGCUGCAAUGCAGCGGUUAUGGGCCGACGAAGGUGUGCGAGAAUGCUAUCGACGUAGUAAUGAAUAUCAAAUAGACGACAGCGCUAAGUAG